AUGGAGCUAGACGAAACGGAUCACGAAGGAGCUGCUGUGAGCAUCGCAGGCCAAGGUUCGUCCGACACAGCAGCCCCGUCUGCAGAUCAGAAAGUCGUCGAGAUCGAAGUCCACGGUCUGAAGGCGAGGAUCUUCCUGAACUGUCCCGAAGAAGACCUCAUCCCUUCUCGAUACCUCAAAAAAGCCCAGCGAUCA